AGUCUGCAACGGUCGAGUAACCUCCCAUGAAUGACGUCAUCAUUAUGGCGUAAAAAUAAAAUCAACUUCCUGUGAUAAUGUUAAUUUUUGGAAGAUAUUUAAACAGAAUUGUGCCGUAUUGUAAUCGUGAUUGUUUAUACCGAAAGCAAAGAACACACAUUGCAAUUUGAGACCUGCAUAUAACUGAUGUCUGGCAUGGCGAGCUAUGGCAGAGGCAACACAGCGCUGUACCAGGGAGGCAGUGCCUCAGGGAUCAAGGAUCCGACUGCUCUGGCUGCUGAGAUUGGGAGAAACAUUGGGGAAAUAUCAAGAAAUGUGAUUCAGCUGGAGAAGCUGGUCAAACAGAUUGGGACACCCCAGGAUUCAGAGCAAGUCCGGGACAGAGUCCAUAAGAUCACUCAUGACACAAACAAGUUGGCCCAGGACAUAAACAAGGACAUGAAGACGUUGGCCAAUCUGCCUGCGCCUGAAAAUCAGCAGCGUCAGAUGAAGCUACAGAAGGAGCGUCUGACAGAGGAGUUCAGUGACGCGUUGAACAAGUUCCAGACUGUACAGCGCUCUGCGGCUGUGAAAGAGAAGGAGAGCAUAUCCAGGGCGCGCGCAGCCAGCAGUGGAUUUAAAACAAAGGAUGUCCCUCUGAUUGAUUUCUCGUCGGAGUUCAGAGAUGAGCCCAAAGAACAGUUUUCAGAGCAAGGCUACUCUCAGACAGCACAGAUAAUGAAGAUGGAAAAUGACGUGGACUUGGAGAGCCUGAGGGAGAGGGAGUCAGCUAUCAAACAACUGGAGAGCGACAUUAUGGACGUUAACCAGAUUUUCAAGGACCUAGGAAUGCUAGUACAUCAACAAGGGGAACAACUAGACAGCAUAGAGGCCAAUGUUGAGAAUGCCGUAGUCCAUGUGGAGAAAGGAGGUGAAGAACUCAAACAAGCUGUCAACUACCAGUCUAAAGCCAGAAGAAAAAAGUGUUGUCUAAUCAUUGUGAUAUUGGUCGUACUAGCUGUUGUGGCUAUCAUUAUUGCAGUUGCUGUACCAAAAAAAUAAUGUACAGAAUCGAACAAGGAAGAAACGGUGCAUUCUUGUGAUAUUUCUUGCUGUCAUCAUUUCAAUUGUGGCUCUGAUAAUUUGGUUGGCAACCAAGUAACAAAAGAGAAUAAUGAGAUCUGUCUAAUGAGGCGUUAUCUCUACUGGGCUGUAGGAAUGGUCACAUCUGCCACAUGUGGGAAUAUUUUCUCCAACAACUUAACAUCCUCACCAUCUAGAUAUGUUUGACUUCUUUCACUUCUUUGCCGACCCCCCUGGAAAUAUGUGUCUGCCCACAUGUCAAUGACACCUGUUGUGAAUGUUAACCUUUCAUCAAAUGUCAAUCAUGCCUUUUGAAAAAUGGUUGUCUUUGUUAGUAUCACCUUCUGUGAAUAUUUGGCUUUACCAAGUUUUAAAAUGCAACUCAGCUUCAUGUUAUUUCUGUAAAAUAGUUGUCUUACUAAAAUUAAUUGUGCUUACUUCUUAUUUAAAUACUUAAUGCAAUUAAGGUAAUUUCGACUUGUAAAUGCAGAAAUAAGCCUUCAUUACAAUUUUACUUGUUGAUGAAAAAAUAUGAUGAACAUUAUUAAAAGAGUUCAUCAACAAUCCCACAUAUUCUGAUUGACAAAAGUGUUUAUAUUUAUUUCAAGCCCGGUUGGUAUGUAGAUUUGACAAUUGUGGUUAAGUAUAGGGGCCCUGCAUCAGUCUGGUCUUGUUAGGACUUUAAUGUGUUUAAAACACAAGCAAUAAAUCACUUACCACAAAUAAUCAUAUGGAGACAGUAUGUUAAAUGAAACUCCAGUGCACAGUUCAAAGUUCAUGGUCAUAUUUACAGGUCAAAGGUCAAAUAUGGGCAUUAUAUAGCUUGUAAGGAAUAUAGCUCAACAUUGUAGCGGAUCCGUUGUCUAGUGGUAACACACUGGCUGCACAAUCCAGAGAUCGCUGGUUCGAUCCCCCGCUGCACCUAACCUUCUAACUCGUCUUUCGCAUGAGAUGUUAAAUCGAGGUGCAGUGUACUAGGUGCUAUACACCAGGCACUAAAAUACCCAGGGUCACCUCUGGAACAGGGUGUCUCCUGUAUCUUGCACUAUCCCCCGUUACCAACUGACACGUCUUUCCGGGGGCGAUGGCCAUAUGGGAGACAAUCCCGAUGCACUCGAUAAAAAACAAAAACAACAACAAGCUCAACAUUCUAGCAAUCUAUAGACUAGCAUGUCUCAAUAUGUGUUAGACCUUUUGAAAGGUCAGAGUAAAAGGUUUCACACCUCUUUUUAUGUAAAUGGUUUUGUUGACCAUGCACUCAACCUGGCAUUGACAGGCAAAUAGUAAUUACUUAACUAUCUAUCUAUAAUCUAUUUAAUACUGGAACAGGUUUAAGUUCAUUAUUUCCUAUGCAUUUAAAAGAAAAGUUGUCAUUUUGUUUCACUGAUUUUGAUUUUACUAUACUGAAUAGCAGUAUAUUAUCUCUGUUGUGUUCAUAUUCUAUUUAUUUAAAUAAUGUUUAUUUCAAAAUGUAAAUACUUGUUGUUACAAUUAUCUAGAUACAUAUAAAGCAUUAUAUCUAAAUACAUGUACAGCAACCAUAUUGUAUUAAGAUUUAUGAUUGAACAGAAACCUUGAUAUUGAAUAUACACUACAUGUAAUUCACAAAUGGUAUUUUUAUGCACCUGGAUCGAAAGAUCGGGGGUAUAUUGUUUUUGGUCUGUCUGUCAUUGUAUUUGUGUGUGUGUCCCAAAACUUUAACCAAAACAAUAACCUUCUUCAUAAAUUUUGCAAUAUCCAAGAUAGCAUUGAUAUUUGGCAUGCAUGUGUAUCUCAUGAAGCUGCACAUUUUGAGUGGUGAAAGGUCAAGGUCAUCCUUCAAGGUCAAAGGUAAAAAAAUACAAAUUCAAAAACUUUAACCUUCUUCAUAACUUUUGCAAUAUUGAAGAUAGCAACUUGAUAUUUGGCAUGCAUGUGUAUUUUGUGGAGCUGCAAAUUUUGAGUGGUGAAAGGUCAAGGUCAUCCUUAAAGGUAAAAGGUCAAAUUUAUAGCUUCAAAGCGGCGCAAUAGGGGGCAUUGUGUUUCUGACAAACACAUCUCUUGUUUAAUGUUCCAUCACCAACUUUAUAGAGGAUAAUCUGAGAGUUUUGAGAUUAUAAUGAAAAGUUAAUUGAGGUCAUAUAUCAUUCAUAACAUUCCAUUGGGCUUUAGCAGCGAAGGAGAAGGGGGGAGGAUGACAAUAAUUAGGGACAACCUUUUCCGUGAAAAGUCUUGGUAUAGUAAAUUGUUUAAAAUGUAAGUGACUUAAAUGUGCUGUUUACAAGUAUUUAUUCCAGCAUUGUUUCAACAUUUAUUCCAUGAGGAAUGAUCCGUAUUGAAAAUAAUUUAAUGCAAAUAUAAAGUAAAACUUUAUGUAUCUAUACCAUUAUCACUAGCCAAUAAAAACCUUUUCAUAGAGCACUACCAAUUUUUAUAUUUAUACAAAAGGUAGUGCAUACAAAAGGAAGGGGCCCCUGCCAUUCUGCAUUAGCUAUUUUUUUUUUACAAAAGACCUCCUUUGUAAAAUACAAAAGAAUAUAAUUUCACAAAUAAAUGAAUUAAAUAGUAUUCUAUCUCAUAUGUUAUAAAACCUAACAUAUAACUUUUAAAGAAUGCAUUUACAUAGCUUAUAUUAUGUUCAUAUAUGAAUAAAUAAAACAUAAACUAAGGUGUCAUUGUCCACAAUGAUUUGUUUAAAAUGUGCAAUCGUUGUGAAGAUUCCAUUUAAGUUUAUAAAUUUGUUACUUGUUUGUAUAUUUCUGUUCAAGAUUGUUAACAAAUGAUUGUAUAUAUAAUUAUUAUUUUGAAACUAUCUUGAUGGAAAUAAUACGUGUAUAUGAUAUGGCGGGUUUGUUUUGAAUUAAUCUAUAGAGAACUUCACAAAAAGAAGACACGUCAUUGAAACAUUACAGUAUGAAUCUUGGCAUCAUUGAUGUAUAUUAUCCACUUUAAGUAGGUAGUUACUACUUUGUUUUGUAAUUUAUUAACAAAUGUGAGAUUAAUAAAUCAUUUCAAUGAAAAACAUUUUGCCUGCUGAACACUUUUGUCUCCAAACUGCUUAUUUUGUAAUUUUGUAAGAUCUUUAUAAUUUAAGAAGAAAAAAGUCAGAUCUUGUAGACAAAUAAAUUAAUUUAGUGUAAUCAUCACAACGUGCUCCAUUAGCAAUAUAUGGAUACAUUCAUUAUAUUUUAUAUAAAUAACGUACGAGUAUGUUAAAAAAUCACACUCUCAUUCAAGGUAAAUUCUUCAGAUAUUAUAAAGUGAUACAUGUACUUCAACUGCACCAGCUUGAGAAGAAACUAAGUCGAGGCUUUAAAUAUUGAGUUUUUGUAAUAAAUUGAUCAAUGCAAAGGUGUUCGUCGUUAUGCUCUUUAUAUUUCAAGUUUUUUCACCUUUGUUCAUUCGUUGAACAUAAUGGACCGUAUUCAAGUUAAUAUCUCUGUUAAAAAAUUGUGACGUUACUCUGUUAAAUGCUGUUUUUGAUGUCUGUCAACCAUGGAUUUAUAUUUAUUCAUCCGUUCACAAAUCACUAUACAUGUACAUUAUAACCAUGGUAACUUAAUCAAAUAAACCAAGGAAACUGGA